AUGGGGUCUCUCACUACGGAAAAAAGUGGUCUUCCGAUCGGUUGGCUGUACGCUUCUGUCGCCGCUGUAGCCUAUGUGUACAGUUUGGAUCAAAACAUAACUCCAAAUUACCUCCCAAUCGCCGCGAGCGCGUAUGGAAAGCAUUCAAGUAUCGGAACAAUCUUCACUGUGGAAAGCAUCAUUAAUGGCGUAUCGAAACCAUUCAUAGCGAAAAUUGCAGAUGUUAUCUCCCGUCCCUCAGCUUGCAUGUGCUCACUGGUGUUCUAUACUGCGGGCUACCUCAUGAUUGCACUUUCAUCCUCGAUCACACAUGUCAUCACUGGAUGUAUGUUGUAUACUGUGGGCCACUCAGGCUUGAACCUCGUCACAGACAUCAUUGUGGCUGAUAUAAGCUCCCUUAAAUGGAGAGGGUUUGUACUGAGCUUGACGGGGUUGCCUUUCCUUGUGAACACUUUCAUCGGUGCGGAGAUCGUCAACGCUGUCCUGAAGAGGAAUGCUUGGAGAUGGGGAUACGGGAUGUUCGUGAUCAUCCUCCCCGUUGUCACGCUCCCCGCGAUAUACAUCCUCCAUCACAAACACCACCACCGUCGAAUGCAGUCUGUAUCCCAGAAUUCCCCCUCCAAUUGCUCAGCUGCGGGAACGAAGCAACUGGAAGACGAGGAUGGGACUUACUGGAAUAGGCUCAAGAACGUCAUAGUGAGGAUGGAUUUCGGGGGACUGGUCCUCAUUGGGAUAAGCUUCUCGUUAUUGCUAUUGCCUCUGACACUUGCGAAGAGUGCGCAGCGAGAUUGGACUCACCCCUCUAUGCUGGUCAUGACUGUGCUGGGGGUGUUAUUCAUCAGUGUUUUCAUGUUAAAUGAGCGACUAUGGACUCAAUAUCCACUCUUCCCAUCUCGAUUCAUCCGAAACCGCACAUUGUUGAUCAUCAUCUUCAUCGACUUCUUGUACUUUAUGUCAGGUUGGAUGCGAACGAAUUACCUCUCCAGUUAUGUCUAUAUCGUCAAGGACUGGACACCCCGAGAGUGGAGCUAUUUCAACAAUGCAACCACAUUCUCUCUGUGCAUCCUGGGUCCUGUCGCUGGUCUCAUACAGCGGUACACUCAUAGAUACAAGACACUCCAAGUUACGGGACUCUCGAUACGACUAAUGCAAGUCGCAUCCCAGGUUCUCAUAGGCGCUGGCGGUGCAUUCAAUGUUGCGGGGAGUCGCGUUGCGUCCCAAGCCAGCGUACCGCAUACUGACCUUGCAAGCGUUGUCGCGAUCUUGGCCUUAUGCACUCAGUUUGGUUCUGCUACUGGGAGUGCAACUGCUACGAAGCUGUGGCGAACUACCCUGGUUCCGUGUCUCAUAAAGUAUUUGCCAUGGCUCACCAACGAGGAGAUUCAAGAACUUUUUGGCUCUAUUUCGAAAGUACGACAGUACCCGUACAAUGACCCGGUACGGCAAGGCGUCAUUAAAGGCUAG